UUCCAAGCCCACCGAUGAUGAAGAUAUGUUUGAAGGAUCAGCAGGCACAGCUGAUGAUGAAGACAGUUCAGAGGGUUCUGCUCUGGGUGCAGACUUACUGUCUGACUGUCUCCAACUUCAACUUGAUGUCCAGCAGCGAGGUCUCCUAGGAGCAUACAAACCUGACUGUACUGAAAAUGGAGAGUUUGAGAAAAUUCAGUGCCACGGUAGCGUGUGUUGGUGCGUAGAUAAACAGGGGCGUGACAUCACAGGCACUCGGGGACAAAUUGGAGAAAUACAAUGUGAAGAAGGUGUUGUUCCAAUAGGUGGUAAAGGAAACAAGGACAGAAUAAAGCCAAUCAUAAAGCAAGGAGGAGGCAUGGAUGGCAAUGAACCCAAAGAUAAGGAUCAGGAUGAAGAGAACAGAGAUGAUAAUGACAUUGGAUAUAAUAUAGACACACCUACUGGGGAAACAAGUACAGAAGUUAAUAAUGCUAUACCUGUCAUCCCAGAGGAAAAAACUACUAAACCUGAAGAAAACCCUGACUUCAUGGAGAAGAAGGGGGAUGAUGUGGGUGCAGCUGCUGUAUUGAUUGGCUCACCAGGUAUUUUAGCAGGAAUAAUAGGUGGUGCUGUAGUUGGCCUCCUUUGUGCAGUCCUACUUGUUAUGUUUAUCGUCUAUAGGAUGAGGAAAAAAGAUGAGGGGAGUUAUCCACUGGAUGAGCCUAAAAAGACCACGCCCUCACAUUCAUAUCAAAAAGCACCCACUCGGGAGUUCUAUGCAUGAACAUAGCCAUAGAAUUCAACACUAUUUUAUUUAUUAUUUGACACUGUUAUGGGCAGUGCUCCCAUAUAUGGUCGUUGUGCCUUAUGUAUGGGAACUCUGUUUAUGACGCCAUUUGAUUUACAGUACACAAACGUCAGCUUCACCACAUUACCUCAUUUAAAGGAUUUAUGAUUAAAUAACAGUGGCACAAACUUUUAGUAGAAUUGAUCCUAAGUUCGUUCAAACUUGCCAUGCUCAUUAUCUGGGUUUUGAUCCGAUGUUUUUGUGUCAAUCAUGGCCUUAUUUGGAGUGUGGCGUAAAAUAUUAAAUAUGAAAAACAUGGCUGGGAUUGAGUGAUUUAUGGUAUGAGUGUUUGAUGAGUACAUGAAUGAUUGAGUGAAUGAAAUGAAAAAAGACAGCCACUUUUAAACAACAUCGAAUUAGAAGCAAUUAUAUGUAUGUAGCAUUGUCCCCUAUCUUAAAACAAGUAAAAACUUAUGAUCUACUACUGCUACUAGGACAUUUAGCUUGUUAAGAAGGGAAAACAAUCAUUUUAUAAAACAUACAUAAGUUUCGGGGAACCAAUUUGCCAAACAUCAUAGAAUACAAUGUAUAUAUAAAUGAAUGGAAACAGUUCUAUGUGCAAAUUGGAGAUAGAAUUGGAACAAGUAUGGAACUGGUGGACAAUUAUGAAUAAUAUGCUCACGACAUAUUAUGUUUUAAGUAGCUAUCUCAAGUUUCAGGAUAAUCAGUGUAGUAUAUAAGCCACCUUGGCAGAAGCGAGUAAAUCUACCUACCGCGGGUAUAUAUAGGUACAAUAUUUGUAUAUAGGCAUGUAAUUGAUAUGAUGAAAUAUGGAUCUGCACAUAAGACUUGUAUAUUGGACACAUAAGCUUUAGAUGUACUUAUUUGCUGCAGAGUCACUUAAUGUGUCUUAAGUAAUUUGUAAUAGGGAAAUGACCAUUGCAAUUCCCUCACACAAGAUGAUUUCAUUUUCAAUACAUUCUCAAUUCUUAUAUAUUUCAAGAAUCCUCGAGCUUUGAAUUAUUGGCAUCAGAUAUUUUGUUGAUUCUUUUCAUAAAUACCUUUCAAAGACAAAUAAUAAUUUAUGAUUAAUUAAUAAAUUAUCUAUUUAUGGAAAUAUGAUGUUUGUACAUGGGAAAAACUUUCAGUCAAUUAGAGAAUAUUGUAAAAUUGAUGUGAUCUCUGUUCAUAGAAAUGAAAUUUUGCAAAAUGUCAAUGAGCAAGAGUUGUACAAUGUACAUUACCAUGUGGCAUCGUUCAAUACAAUGUUUCUUUGUGUACAGUAAAUCCCUUGUAGAAUGAACACUAAAUGAGAGUAUUGGUGGGCAAAGUUCUGGAAUGUAUUGUCCAUAAGGUGUGUUCAAAUUGAGGGGUGCUAACUUUACAUAAUGU